UACAUAUAAAGAAGCCCAUUUCAUUCUCCCUCUCACAUCUGUAUGCAUCUUCUCUCUCCCUACUCCAAUUCAUACCCAUCAUCUUCAGAUUCUUCACCAUCUAUGUCUACGUUUUCAGGCAUCCAAGGCCAUCUCCUUGAAGUUACAGUCGUUGGCUGUAACAAGUUGCUGGACACUGAAUGGAUAUCAAAGCAAGAUCCAUACGUCUGCCUUGAAUACGCCAACACCAAGUUCCGUACAAGGACUUGCACAGAUGGACACAAAAACCCCACCUUCCAAGAAAAAUUCGUCUUCUCGCUCAUCGAAGGUCUCCGUGAAUUGAAUGUUGUGGUAUGGAACAGCAACACUCUCACCUACGAUGACUUCAUCGGCAGCGGCAGAAUUCAACUCCAAAAGGUACUCUCCCAAGGCUUCGACGACACCGCAUGGCCUCUCCAGAAUAAGAAGGGCAGACACGCCGGAGAAGUAAGACUCAUAUUGCAUUAUGCAAAUGCCAGUAAUAAACCAUCACAAGGAUUUGCACCGUCCAUGACACCUUACGGAGCUCCAGCUGCACCAUAUGUCCCUCCUUACACGACUCCAGCUGCACCCCAUGCAUCUCCUUACACGACUCCAGCUGCACCCCAUGCAUCUCCUUACACAGCAUUUCCACAUGCUCCGGCCACAACCUAUCCUGCUCCAUCUCCUUACUCAUCAUACCCACCUCCCCCAGCAAAUCCAAAUGCAUAUCCACCGUCCGUUUACCCUCCCCCACCACAAGCAACUGCCUAUAAUACCCAGACAUACCCAUCUGCACCAUAUCCGCCGCCACCACAAACAACAACACAUUACCCACAAGGCCCAUAUCCAGGAAUCUAUCCGCCAGCGUACUGAGAUUUUGACAUAUAAGACAUGCUCUCUGUCCUGCUCAUAUGAAGAUGAUUGCUUGAUGAAAGCCAGAUGGCACCUUGAAGUUUGGAACUGUUUCUGAAAUAUUUGCAUUUAUUUGAGGCCUUGUUUUUCCAAUACCAUCAAAAGUUUAUCACUACUCGCAAAGAAGCAAUUAAAAUCAAAUGUUUGAUUGUUGCUCAAGUGCUGUUUUUUUUUUUUUCUUUUCUUCCUUGCAAUGGUUACUUGUAACGUCAUUUUUCAUUGAAUUUAAUAAAGUUAUAUACAUGAAUGCUGA